AUAAAACGUGAUUAUUUACUGAAAACAAAUCCUAAUUCUUCUGCCAAAAUAUAGUUCCCCAAGGUAGCACACUGGUUGUCAAGCAACAGCGGCGCACUAAUACCAGAGACGUCAAACUAGUGCCGCGCAGGACAGACAGGAGUCAGUUCACAAAAAAAAAGAAAAGUGUGCGUUCACGAUUCAACUGUUCAUUCAGUAGCUAUGCCACUCAGGGGGCUGUCCACGGAGGAACUUUUACAAAAGUUGGUGGUGGAAGGAGGAAUCCAAAUUUCAGAAGAGGAGGCUCAGAAAUUUAGAGACAAUGAUGUGGAUGGAGAGACAGUAGACUGCGGACUCACAGAAAAUAUGAUUGCAUAUCUCUUUGACAAGUCUUUCAAAAAGCAGCUAAAAUUCAGAGACUUCACACACCGCAACAAGGAGGUCACCGUUACUUUGGAAGUGGUCAACCCAGAACAACAAACAUGUGAAGCUUCUGUGUCCCCAGCAAACCAGAGGUGGUUGGAAUCUACUUGCCACAGACUGCCUGCAGUCAUUUCCAUUCCACAAUUCCCACAAGAUGUCCAGAGCCGCUUAGAUGCUAAAGAACCGGUCCACAAGGAACAAAAGUACCGUAACAAAAUAAUUGGGAAUCUGUAUGACAUGCUGUCACAGUGUACAAUGUAUCCAACCAACUCGGACUACGUUCAGAUCGUUAAAGCGUUAAUUGGGAAGUACCCUUUCUUAAGGGAUGUACACGGGAAUGGUUAUCAUACCUGGCACAGCCAACUCAAGAGAAAAUUCAAAACAGAACGGGCUCCACUAAUCAACAAUGAGGAAGUAAAACGGGUCAAAGAAAAGUUUCGGCAAGCAAGAUCACUGAAGACCCCAGAAGAAUCUACAUCCACAUGUCCAAAACGACUGAAGCCAUCUCUAGUAAGUCCCCUCAAUCUCACAAAAGCUAAGGCAAGAUCACAUUGUUAUAUUGUGUACAUAUGA